CCCCGCCCUGUUUCCCUUUCCACCUCCACCUUAUCCGCCGCCGAGCCAAGCCGGCCCAAAACCUCCCACCCCCAUCCAUGGCGCCACCGCGCUAGGCCAAACCCCCACCCGCACGGGUCAACCAACCACCGCCACCACCUCCGCCGCCAUGGCGCUCUCCGAGCUGCCCCUCCACCACUCCUUCCGCCUCUCCUCCCGCCCGCUCCUCCCGCUCCGCCUCCUCUCCCUCUCCCGCCCCGCCUCCUCCUCCGCCUCCCCCACCGCGGCCGCCGCCGCGCCCUCCUCCUCCGGCCGCAACCGCGCCCCUCCCGCCCCCAGCCGCGGCGGCGCGCCAUGGAUGCAGAAGUGGGCCCCCGCCGACCCCUCCGCGCCCGCGCCCGCCCCCUCCCCGGGCCACGCGCCCUCCACCUCCAUCGACCGCAUCGUCCACCGCCUCCGCAACCUCGGCCUCGGCACCGACGACGACGAGCCCUCCUCCUCCCCCGCCGACGCCCCGCUCGACGGCAGGGAGCGCCUCGGCGACCUGCUCGACCGCAGCUGGGCGCGCCCCGACCGCCAGUUCGCCGCCUCCGGCCUCGACGAGGCCGUCCUCCCGUGGGAGAGGGACCGGGAGAGCGACGGCGAGGAGGCGGACGGGGUCAAGAGGAAGCGGGUCAGGGCGCCCUCCCUUGCGGAGCUCACCAUGGACGACGUGGAGCUGCGCCGCCUGCGGGGCAUGGGCAUGACCCUCAAGGACCGCAUCACCGUGCCCAAGGCCGGGGUCACGCAGGCCAUCACGGAGAAGAUCCACGACGCCUGGAGGAAGUCGGAGCUGGUCCGCCUCAAGUUCCACGAGGACCUCGCCAACGACAUGAAGACUGCCCAUGAGCUUGUCGAGAGACGAACAGGAGGAUUGAUCAUAUGGAGGGCAGGGAGUGUCAUGGUUGUCUAUCGCGGGAGCAAUUACACGAGGCCUCUGAAAUCUCAACCUUUGGACGGUACCUCGUCACUGAGGAAGGGUGAAGAUAGUACAUUGUUCAUCCCCGAUGGCUCGAGCACUGCUGAGAGUGAUAAUCAGGGGAAGGAUCUAACUGCUCAACAUGAUAAUGCACCCAUAUUGGAUCUGCACAAUACAGAGGACAUGACGGAAGAAGAGCUGGAGUUCAAUCAAAUGCUUGAUGAGCUGGGCCCUCGUUUUGUGGAUUGGUGGGGAACAGGAAUUUUACCUGUGGAUGCCGACUUGCUGCCUCAAACAAUUCCAGGUUAUAAAGCGCCAUUUAGAGUUCUUCCAACUGGAAUGCGUACAAGCCUUACCAACUCAGAGCUCACUAAUUUGCGAAAGUUAGCAAGGAACCUCCCUUGUCAUUUUGCUCUAGGGAGAAACCGGAAUCAUCAAGGCUUGGCCGCGGCUAUUGUUAAGCUUUGGGAGAAGAGUUUGGUGGUGAAAAUAGCUGUCAAACGUGGAAUCCAGAACACAAAUAAUAAGCUGAUGUCAGACGAAAUAAAGAAUCUAACAGGGGGUACCCUGCUUCUUCGAAAUAAAUAUUACAUUGUAAUAUAUCGUGGAAAAGACUUCCUCCCAACGUCUGUUGCUGCUGCCUUGGCUGAAAGAGAGGAGUUGACAAAAGAUAUCCAGAAUCUAGAGGAGCAGAGAAGAUCCAUUUCCAUUGAACACUCUCCGGAGGAUGGUUUUGAUGGGCAUGCUCUCGUAGGAACUCUUGCUGAAUUUCAGGAGGCGCAAGCCCGUUGGGGAAGAAAUGUAACUUCUAAGGAGCAACAAGAGAUGAAAGAAGCGUCUUUUAGAUCAGAAAAGGAAAAGCUUUUCAGAAGACUCGAACACAAGCUUUCCAUUGCUCAAGCAAAAAUACAUAGAGCAGGGAAGUUAUUAUCAAAGAUUGAAGCUUCUAUGGUCCUUGCAAACCCAUCCGAUGACCGAGAAAUGAUCACAGCCGAGGAGAGAUCUGUUUUCCGUAGAAUUGGUCUGAAAAUGAAAGCAUAUUUGCCUGUUGGAAUCCGUGGUGUCUUUGAUGGCGUCAUUGAAAAUAUGCACUUGCACUGGAAGCACAGGGAAGUUGUCAAAUUGAUUACAAAGCAAAAGACCUUGGCGUUUGUUGAGGAGACAGCACGACUUCUAGAGUAUGAGAGUGGCGGUAUACUAGUUGCAAUCGAAAGAGUCCCCAAGGGUCACGCACUUAUUUUUUACCGUGGAAAGAAUUACAGGAGGCCUAUUAACAUAAGGCCUAGAAAUCUCUUAACAAAGGCUAAGGCAUUGAAACGGGCAGUUGCAAUGCAACGCCAUGAAGCCCUCAGCCAGCAUAUAGAUCAACUGGAAUUCAAUAUGAAGCAAAUGAAGCGUGAUUUGGGCAUGGAGGACUACGAUGAAGAGGCCGAGGAUGCGUCAGAUUCAGAAAGUGAAGACGAUACAGCGGGCUAUGAUGAGGGUAUGGAGGACUAUGAUAAAGAGGAAGAGGAUGAAUCGGAUUCAGAAGAUGAAGACAACUAGGUGGAAUCGCACGCUUCGCCACGCCGGCGAUUUUUUGAGAUGUUCAGAUAGUCUUUUUCUGUUCACAAUAUGGACUGCAUGGUCCCCAACAAUAGAGCAAUAUAGAGUAAAUGGUGUGUGGUUUCAUCUUCACAUAUCAGCCUCAGCAAUACACAAACGGAUCAACUAUAACUACCGGUCGUGUAGUCAUGUCCUUCUCUGGAUCACUAUAUCAGGAGGCCUGAUCUGAAGCCUGUGUAGGUUUAAUUUGAAGCAACAUUCAGGGAAGAGGGAAGUGCUAGCCUCCAUAGGUGGGUGCUAGUCAUCAGACGGAUCGCUUCUCACUUGUGGACCCUCACGAUUAGCCUUUGUAGGAUCUGUACAAACAUUUGGUAUAGCUCGUUAUUACAGAACCAGUUAUUUGUGGACA